CUCUGCUUCUUCUCUGUUUCUUUAAAAAGCAUUUGCUUGCUCUGCCGCUUUAAAAAAAUCCCAUGCAAAUCAUACAAAAAACACUAUAAAUCACACAAUUCAUGUGGUUUUUUUGCAUAUGAAAAGAAUUCCAAUUUUCACGAGCUUAUUCAAAAUUAAUUGAGUAUAGUCUUGUUCAGAAUUCUACUACUACAAUUAUACUAGGUUUAAUUUGUUCGAAAAAUGUUGCACACAAAAUCAGAGUCAGAUAUAACAAGUUUAGCUCCAUCUUCACCGUCAAGGUCACCAAAAAGGCCAGUUUACUACGUACAGAGUCCGUCCAGAGAUUCACACGAUGGGGACAAAUCAACAUCUAUGCAACCGACACCCAGUUUCAAUAGUCCAAUGGAAUCUCCUUCGCACCCUUCAUUUGGACGCCACUCUCGUAAUUCUUCUGCUAGUCGAUUUUCCGGCAUAUUUAGGUCGUCGUCCGGUCGGAAAAAUGGCCGGAAAAGGAAUGAUAAAGGGUGGCCGGAAUGUAAUGUGAUUAUGGAAGAAGGUAAGUAUGACGAAUAUGAUGAGGAAAAGGGAGUAACUCGGCGGUGUCAAGCGUUGUUAGCUCUAUUGGGAUUCAUUGUUCUGUUUUCUAUCUUUUGCCUUAUCAUUUGGGGCGCUGGACGUCCGUACAAGGCAGAAAUUACUGUCAGGAGUUUAGCUGUGAAUAACUUCUACAUCGGUGAAGGUUCGGAUUUCUCUGGAGUUGUAACUAAGAUGAUGACAGUGAACGGCUCGUUGAGAAUAAGCGUGUACAAUCCUGCUACAUUCUAUGGCAUUCAUGUUAGCUCCACCCCCAUCAAUCUCAUCUACUCAGAUAUCACUGUUGCCUCUGGUCAGUUAAAAAAAUAUUAUCAACCCAGGAAGAGUAGGCGGACUGUGUUAGUGAACAUAGAAUCAACAAAGUUUCCCUUGUAUGGAGCUGGAUCAGGUCUUGAUGCAUCAAAUAAUGGCGGUUUUAAAGUUCCAUUAAAAUUGGAUUUUGAAAUCAGGUCGCGUGGAGAUGUGGUGGGGAAAUUAGUGAGGACGAAGAACAAAAAGCAGAUAUCGUGUGAUUUGGUCAUUGACUCUACUAGCACUAAACCCAUCAAGUUCAAGAAGAAUUCUUGUGUUUACAGCUGAAUUCACAAUUACUGAAUGCCUACUUUGUUUCCAGUUUGUGUGCAGCAACCUUCUGUAAAAUUAUCUCUUGCGAAAUAUUAGUUAAACUUUGAGAGUAAUUUCGUACGAAUAAGAGAGCUUUUCCUCUUGAAUCCUUAGAUGUUACUGUAAAAGUUGUUGCCUGUAAGCUGAAUGGUGUACAUAAGUUUGAUUGGAUUUUUGAAUGAGAAGCAUACAUCAGGUUUAUUCCA